AGCAGCCACCCAAUUCCUGGUUUGCCCCGCUUUUUUCAUUUAUUCUUUCUCACUAUGGCUCUGUGAGCAACACAUGCUUUCAUUUACAGACCACAUUUUUUUCCAUUGAGGAGGAAACUGGAGGGCAGUUCCUGACUAUGACUCAUCACUGGUGCCCGGGCUGCUAACACAGCCUCAAAGCAGAGACUUCUCUUUCCAGUCUUAUGUAUAAAGUUGACUUUGUUUUGGGACUCAUCUUUCAACAGUCUUUGCUGUUGAUGUUAAAAAUGGAUUAAAAAGUCUGAGUCAUAUGACUAGCCUCAGGACACUGGCAAAGCCGCGACAUUCCUGUAAAGCAAACUCCUGUAAGUGUUAUCCUCAGAAAACACCCAACAUCCAAACAUGGCUGCUGCAGCACUCGUCACAGAGAACUUUAAGUUUAUGGCCCUUUUCUUCAAGAGUAAAGACGUGAUGAUCUUCAACGGUCUGAUAGCUCUGGGCACUGUGGCCAGCCAGACGGCAUUCAACGUUUUUGCUUUUGAAUGUCCUUGUUCGUCCGGGAGGAACUACCUCUACGGCCUCGCUGCUAUAGGUGUACCAGCACUGGCCUUUUUUCUGGUGGGAAUAAUGAUGAACAAGAGCACGUGGGACCUUGUGUCUGAGUGUCGGCUCAGAAGUUGCCGAAAGCUGUCUGGAGCCUCUGCCUUCGCGCUGCUGGGAACCAUUGUUGGUCGGAGUCUGGUGGCUCCAAUAACAUGGGUGGUUUUCUCUUUGCUCCAGGGCCAGGCGUACAUGUGUGCCCUCAGCGAAUUUGUCGAUCCCAGCACGCUAGAGGGCUUCCCCUCAGGUCGUGGGUUGAAAGUAAUGGCUAAAUUCCCAUGUCGAGACAGUGUUCCAACGGAACUGCGAAGCUUCUGGGCCGAAGUUGAGCGACGACUGAAAUAUGAAUCCCAGCUCUUUGGCUGGCUGCUGGUGGCAGUAAUGUCCCUGACGGUGUUUCUGAUGCUGUGCAUGAAGCGCUGCUCCUCUCCACUUGGCCACCAGCAAGAGGAUUACUGGUCUCAGUAUCGCUCCAGCGAAAAGACCCUCUUCCAGCGCACUGCAGCUGUCCAUGCCCGCCUACUGGCUGCGGAGAACGUUAAAAGCUUCUUCGGCUUUGUGGCUCUGGAGGCGGAGGAGAAGGAGCAGCUGGCUGAGCACCAGAGGGCCGGUCCCAUCUGCAGCACCAACUGGAACAGAGUGACUGGUAUCUACCUAUACAGGGAGAAGACAGGACUGCCUCUGUACAGCAGGCUCAACAAAUGGGCCACGUACAGCCUGGAGAAUAACAUGGAGGCCAUAGAAAAAGAGAUGGACAUGCUCAUCUGAGCAGAUCCUUACUGAACGUCAGUGUGCUUCAAACAGAGCGGGUCAUCAAAUAUCGGUCGUCUUCUCUUUUCCUAUUUCAGAACUUUUUCCCACAGUCUUAGUGACUUUCUGAAUGUCGAAAAUCAUAUGUCUGUCGAUUUCAAGACCCAUUUAGUUUGAAGCCUACUUAAACCUUUAUGUCAUUAUCAAUACAACCUGUUAAUCCCCAAAGUUCCACACAUGUUUGGUAGAUUACUGACUGCUACGCUACUACGUGUAGUGUGGCAGACUAAAUGUUCAAAGUGUUUGUUGACAAGCCUGCUGACUUUGCCCGGCUCAUUUGCAAAUCAAAUUCGAGGCAGCCUGAAACUAGUCAAGGAAAAAGCUUAUCACUACCAGGUACAAAUGGAAUUAAGUCAGGUUCCUCAUUGAAUGAUACAGUUUAGCUAUCACUAGGUAUGACAUUUUAUGUUUUCCGGAUUUAGUCAUCUUGUGUGGGGUAUGUAAAGUCCAUUUAUAACUCAAACAUCUGCUGAGCAGUCCUUUUUUUGAAUGUCUCAUCAAUAAAGGAGGAGGUGUUGUUGUGUAUUAAAUCCCCAACAUUCAACUUGGCAUGGUACCUGUUUCUGUACUGAUGGUUUAUUCAAAAACAAGAAUUGGGUUGAAUAGAUUUUAAUGCUCUGGUUUGCAAGUCAAUGGAAAGAGGCCUGCGUCCACAUCCUGUACGUGCGGCGGGGAACACGGAGAACGAAGACAAACCAAUGGGUAACCUAUAAGCUUGUUCCAUUUACCUCCAAUAGUUAAAGAACCUCUUAAUUCUAGGAUUUUUUUUCAAAGAUUGUCUC